AUGUGGACUGGUGUUCCCGGCCCGUUCUUGGGAGUGUUUGCGUUCUUGAACACAGUGGCCAUCUGGAACCAUUCGUCGGCGGCGCUGCCAUUUGGCAUGAUUAUGAUUCUCACCUGCUUGUUCCUUCUCGUUAACGUCCCCCUUACGAUCAUUGGCGGGAUUGCCCGCCGCAACACCACGACGUUUAUGACGAUUGCGAUUACGUACUUUCAGCUGGUGGGGGAGGACCACCGGUGGUGGUGGCGGAGCUUUUGGAGCGGCGGUGUCACAGGCGUGUUUGUGUUUGCGUACAGCGUGUGGUACUUUUACACGAGCACGGACAUGGACGAGUUCUUCCAAACCGUCUUCUACUUUGGGUACUCGGCCGUCAUGAGCUACUGCUCCUUGGUCAUGCUUACCUUCAUUGGUUCCAGUCCGCACCACUGUCCUGUUUCAGUCUUGGGCUCUCGCCCAGACUUGGCUUAUGCCUUCAACAACUCUCGCAGUUUCUGCACAACCUGGGUCAUGCCCAUUGGCGUGCUGCUAAACGCGUUAUGCGCUACCUUCAAGGCACCUCCCAUCUUGGACUCAUGUUAG